UGAAAUUCCUCCCAGUAGUGCAUUGCAUUACCAAUGAGCUAUCAGCUAUAUAUACAUAUAUGUAUAUCGAUCAAUUGGUAGUGAGCCUUAGCCUCUGAACUCUUCCUAGUCACUUCAGUUCAACCCUAAAAGGACUCAAAGGAAAUGGCUGGCAGACACUUCAGUUCCCUUUCUUUGUUACUUCUUCUGGUGGCUUUCUCUUACACACAAGCCACUCCAGAUGUUCCAAAAACAGCAGAGAAGAAAAUAGAAGUGGUGGUGGAAGCUAUGGUCUAUUGUCAGAGCUGUGAUCAUUUUGGAACAUGGUCUAUGAUAGGUGCCAAGCCCAUUCCUUCAGCCAAAGUAAGUGUUACCUGCAAAAGCUACAAUGGUCAUGUGAGCUACUAUAAGGUCUUUGAGACAGACAAAAAUGGUUACCUUUAUGCACCACUCGAAGGGUUCAAGAUGCAGCAUUCUGUACUUGACCACCCCCUCCAUGCUUGCUACGUGAAGCCUGUUUGGUCUCCUCUUGAAAGUUGCAGCCUUCUCUCCAAUGUCAAUUAUGGUAUGAAUGGGGCACCUCUUCGUUAUGAGAAGAAGAGAUUGCACGGAAGCAAGUAUGAAGCUGUCAUUUAUGCUGCUGGUCCCUUAGCUUUUCGUCCCUCUGAAUGCUCACAGACUCACCACUAAUGUCUCAAACAAUUACCCUUAACCAUGCAUUCAGAUUCCCUUGAUAAUGAUUUUAUUGUUUCCUAUUAUUUGUGUCUACAUACUAUUCAAUAUGGAGAUGUUUUCUUUUUA